AUGCCACAACGCGGCGUCUCACCAACCCCUUCGGACGGGGAGAUCGACAUCUUCGGAUCACUAUAUCCCGGCGAUGGCGAAAACGAAAAUGGCGGUAACGGCGCCGACGCGGACUUCGACUUCGACGGCUUCUUGAACGGUCCAGAACCCGGCAACGAUGACACCGACGAGGCCUUCAUUGCCUUGCAACAGGCGGCGUCUUUCAGAAAAGCGACCAAUCUGAAGGGCAAGACAGUCAAGAAGGGUGGAGGUUUCCAGGCAAUGGGUCUGAACAGUAACCUUCUAAAGGCUAUCACACGGAAAGGAUUCUCGGUUCCGACCCCGAUUCAGCGAAAGGCUAUUCCUUUGAUUCUCGAUAGAAAGGAUCUGGUGGGCAUGGCCAGGACAGGUUCAGGAAAGACUGCCGCCUUCGUCAUCCCCAUGAUCGAGAAACUGCGCGCCCACAGCGCCAGGUUCGGAACACGAGCGCUUAUCAUGUCACCCUCCCGAGAACUUGCGAUUCAAACUCUGAAGGUUGUGAAGGAGUUCAGCAAAGGUACUGACUUGAAGUGUGUCUUGCUUGUCGGUGGUGAUAGUCUCGAAGAACAAUUUGGUUACAUGGCUGCCAAUCCAGACAUUGUGAUCGCAACACCUGGUCGAUUCCUUCACUUAAAGGUUGAGAUGAAUUUGGAUUUGUCUUCCAUCAAAUACGUGGUUUUUGAUGAGGCUGAUCGCCUGUUCGAGAUGGGUUUCGCUGCUCAGUUGACCGAGAUUCUUCAUGCACUACCACCUUCGAGACAAAGUUUGCUUUUCUCCGCUACAUUGCCUGCCUCUUUAGUCGAAUUCGCUCGCGCUGGCUUACAAGACCCAAGUCUUGUGCGACUUGAUGCCGAGACAAAGGUCUCCCCUGAUCUUGAGAGCGCAUUCUUUGCCGUCAAGGGUGCCGAAAAGGAAGGAUCUCUGUUGCACAUUCUCCAUGAUGUGAUCAAGAUGCCAGCGGGAUCCCCAGAGGCCGCACGGGACGCUGAAGGAGGAUCAAAGAAGAGGAAGCGAGGCGCAAACCCUGCUGGUGGCAAGCCGACACAACAUUCUACCAUCAUAUUCACAGCCACCAAACAUCACGUUGAAUAUUUGGCAAACCUACUUAUCUAUGCCGGCUUUGCAGUUUCUUAUGUUUAUGGAUCGCUCGAUCAAACUGCGAGACGAAUUCAGGUUGAAGAUUUCCGGAUGGGCAAAACAAAUAUCCUAGUAGUUACUGAUGUUGCUGCUCGUGGUAUCGAUAUUCCUGUUCUUGCUAACGUCAUUAAUUUUGACUUUCCUCCCCAGCCCAAGAUCUUCGUUCAUCGAGUCGGUCGUACUGCUCGAGCAGGUCAGCGAGGUUGGAGUUACAGUCUCGUACGAGAUACUGAUGCUCCUUAUCUUCUCGACCUUCAGCUGUUCCUUGGAAAGAAGCUUGUUGUGGGACAGGAAAUUAACAAACCAUCAUUCUCAGAAGAUGUGGUUGUUGGAGCCCUGAAGCGGGACUCCGUUGAAACUCAGGUAGAGUGGUUCAACAAGGCCUUGUACGAGAACGAGGAAGUUUCAGCUCUGCGGGGAGUUGCCAUCAAGGCAGAGAAGCUCUACUUGAGGACAAGGAAUUCGGCGGCUAGCCAAAGUGCAAAGCGCUCGAAGGAGUUGGUCGGAAGCAAGGGUUGGACACAGCUUCACCCGCUAUUCGGCGAGGAUGUUGAUGGAGCUGAACAAGCGCGAGUCGACAUGUUGGCGAGAAUUAGUGGUUUCAGGCCCCAGGAGACCAUCUUCGAGAUUGGUGGUCGUCGUGAUAAAGGAACUACUGAAGCUGCCGAGGUAAUGAAGCAACUACGCAAGAGAAUUACGCCACGAAGACAGGUAGAGAAGCAGGAGAAUGAUUUCGACGGCAUUGAUGAUGAUAUCCCAGCUGGCGCUGAUAUGGAUGUUGAUGAGGACGACGAGGUGGAGGUACAAGAGAUGGAUAUGGACGAUGUCGAUGAAGAAUCGGAUGGUGGCCUUGAGGUCACUGUAUCUAACGCCAACACCAAGAAGGGACAGACGGAUUGGCGCGAUUCAGAGGUCUUCAUGUCGUACACACCUCGAACAUUUAACGCUGCCGAGGAACGCGGCUAUGGAGUGUCAUCUGGUGGCCAGGACGCUUCCAAUUUUGUGGAAGCUGCUCGUGGUGUAACCAUGGACCUCACCAACGACGAGAACGCCAAGAGCUUCGCCGACCCAUCUCGUUCCAAGAUGCGUUGGGACAAGAAGGGCAAGAAGUACGUGGCACGAGACAACGACGAAGACGGUUCCAAGGGUGCCAAGAUGAUUCGUGGCGAAAGUGGUGUCAAGAUCGCAGCCAGUUUCCAGAGUGGUCGAUUCGACAAGUGGAAGCGUGCCAACCGUCUCGGCAAAAUGCCUCACGUUGGCGAUACAGAGCGUCCUGGCACUGGCGCCAGCCAUGUCGCCCACAUCCCCACGGGUGCGCGCUACAAACACAAGCAGGAGAAGGCACCCAAGGAGGCCGACAAGUACCGCGACGAUUUCGAAGUGCGCAAGAAGCGUGUCUCCGAGGCGAGAGACAAGCGCGUUGGUCGCUUCCGCGAUGGUAUGGGAAGCAAGAAGGAGCUCAAGGGCAGAGAAGAUAUUCGCAAGGCGAGACACGAGAAGGAGCAAAAGAGACUCAAGAACGCUCGACCAUCCAGGAAGAAGUGA